AUGCAACCCGACACUCUUAAGCGUCGAAGGCCGAAUCCCCACGCCGGCGGCCUUCAUGAAGCGACCUUAUUAGAACUGACCACCUACCCUGCUUUACUACGCUUUCGCUUACUUCUCUGUUUAAAUAUUAUCUAUCUAUCUAUCUAUCUAUCUAUCUAUCUAUCUAUCUAUCUAAUUCUGUUCAUAUAUAUCUAUCUGUACAUAUCUAUCAUAUCUGUACAUAUCUAUCUCAAUCUGUACAUAUCCGUCUCAUUCUGUUCAAAUCUAUCUAUUUAUCCAUCUAACUCAUUCUAUUCAUAUCUAUCUAUCUAUCUAUCUAUCUAUCUAUCUAUCUAUCUAUCUAUCUAUCUAUCUCAUUCUGUUCAUAUCUAUCCAUCUAUCUAUCUAUCUAUUUAUCUAAAUCUUUACAUAUCUAUCUCAUUCUGUUCAUAUCUAUCUAUCUCAUUCUGUUCAUAUCUAUCUAUCUAUCUAUCUAUCUAUCUAUCUAUCUAUCUAUUUAUGUAUCUAAAUCUUUACAUAUCUAUCUCAUUCUGUUCAUAUCUAUCUAUCUCAUUCUGUUCAUAUCUAUCUAUCUAUCUAUCUAUCUAUCUAUCUAUCUAUCUAUUUAUGUAUCUAAAUCUUUACAUAUCUAUCUCAUUCUGUUCAUAUCUAUCUAUCUCAUUCUGUUCAUAUCUAUCUAUCUAUCUAUCUAUCUAUCUAUCUAUUUAUAUCUAA